AUGGGGACGGAAAAUAAAGGGAGACCAUUGCCAAAGUUUGGUGAAUGGGAUGUGAACAAUCCUGCAUCGGCUGAAGGAUUCACAGUCAUUUUCAGCAAAGCUAGCGACGAGAAGAAGACCAAGAAAGCUUCCGGCGCUGGCCCUAAUAGUCUUGUUUCACCUCACAGAAACCAAAACUCCGAUCACCACGAUUCUCAAAACCCAAAAGCUAAGAAUAAAUGGUUCUGCUUCCGUUAA